UUUUCCCCCACUAGUUGACCUAUUACUAGCUAAUUAAUAAUUCUUCUACCCGCUCGUGUGCUUCACUUCAAGAAGAAUCCGAUCCAGACUAGAGAAAAAAGUUAUUUCCAUCUCUUCCGGCCAGUUAAGUGCACAGAGGGAAUUGAAGAUCGAGGUUGGUUUCAAGUACUUUGAUCAGACGAAGAUGGAAGGAGAAAGAUCAGGUGUUCAAAAUUACGAGCUUCAGGUUUAUAAUUCCUUUUCCACUACUCCAGUACAGACAAUCAACGAAGAUAUGGGUUUUGUGCAGUUUGAAGAAAACCAGGUUGUAAGUUUCUUGGCUCCUUCACAGGCAGCUGCAACUGCUUCUCAGAUAUCUCAUCAUCAUCAUCAUCAUCAGCCUCUGAAUACCAACAACACAAUAGGGUUUACUAGUCAUGACGAUCAGCAGGUGGAAAGAUUAGAUCCGAAGGCUAACAAGGAGAAUAAUUGCACUGGAAAUGCUAAUGAUGAUGGAAGUAAUUCAUGGUGGAGGAGCUCGGCUUCGGAUCAGAAGAGCAAAUUGAAGGCGAGGAGAAAGCUUAGAGAACCCAGGUUCUGUUUCCAAACUAGGAGUGAUGUGGAUGUGCUAGAUGAUGGUUAUAAGUGGAGAAAAUAUGGCCAGAAGGUCGUUAAAAAUAGCCUUCAUCCAAGAAGUUAUUACCGUUGCACCCAUAGUAAUUGUCGAGUGAAGAAGAGAGUGGAACGUCUGUCUGAGGACUGUCGAAUGGUGAUAACAACUUAUGAAGGUAGACAUAACCACUCCCCUUGUGAUGAUUCUACUUCAUCUGAACAUGAAGGCUUUACCUCUUUCUAGCUAGUACCUACCUACGUAGUAAUAUACCAAAUUAAAACGUUAUUGUAAUGGAUAUAUAUAGUGUACGUUGGUAUUGUAUGCUUUUUUAGUUUUAGUAAUUAAUUUAGGCUCUUCCUACAUCAUGUAAUUUUAUAUCGAUCUCUUGCAAGAUGUACAUG